AUGGAGUGGGCUGGGAUCCCGCUGCCAGUCACAGCUUGUGCCCGCCUCCUGCUCGGGCCCGCCCCGUCGCCGCCCUCUCACGGGGUGCCGCCGAACAUGCCGCUGGAUCACCGCCGCCUGCGCGGCCCGGAGGAGUCGCAGCCGCCGGCGCUGUGGGCAGCGACCGCGGCCGAGGAUGAGGAGGACGAGGAGAGCGCGGGGGCGGCGCCGCGGGACCCCUGUGCCCUGCGGCCGCUGUUUGCGCGGGCCGGGCUGCUGAGCCAGGCGCAGGGCUCGGCCUACGUGGAGCUGGGCAGCGGCACCAAGGUGCUCUGCGCCGCCUGGGGCCCGCGGGAGGCGGCCGAGCCCGGCCCGGGCCGGCUGAUCUGCGAGUUCCGCCGGGCGCCUUUCGCGGGGCGAGGGGCGCGGGGCCGGCCGGGCGCAGCGGCCGAGCGGGAGGCGGAGCGAGAGGCGGCGGCGGCGCUGCGGGAGGCGCUGGAGCCGGCGGUGCGGCUGGGCCGCUACCCGCGGGCCCGCCUGGCCGUCAGCGCGCUGCUGCUGCAGGACGGCGGCUCGGCGCUGGCCGCCGCCGUCAGUGCCGCCGCCCUGGCGCUGGCGGACGCGGGGGUGGAGAUGUACGACCUGGCCGUGGGCUGCGCGCUGUGCCGGGCGCCCGCGCCCGCCGCCUCAUGGAUGCUGCAGCCCGCCGAGCCCGAGGAGCGCCGCGCCGCCGCUCGCCUCACGCUGGCCCUGCUGCCCGCCCUCAACCAGGUGUCGGCCGUGCUGGGCGGCGGCCGGGGCGGCCCGCCCGAGGACUGGGCGCAAGCCCUGCGGCUCGGCCUCGAUGGCUGCCACCGGCAGUACCCGGUGCUGCGGCAGAGCCUGCUGCGGGCCACCCAGCGCCGCGAUGCCGCCGCCGCUGCCACCGCCGCUGCCGCCGCCACCAGUGCCUGAGUGCCCGUGAGACCUGCGUACCCCAGUGUGAGGAUGGGGCAUCUCCCAGAGCCCGCCCAAGCUGCUUUCAAUGCUGCCGGAGACCCCUGGAGCCUGCCUGAUCCACGCCUCACUGUUGAGGAUUAAAAUAAGUUUACUUUUAGAUUCUUAAAAGUUUAUUAAGUUUAACUGUAACUGCUGGUGAUCCCCCAGACUCAGCCUGAUCCAUGCCUGAUGCUACUGGAGACUGGAUGAGUCAACCUUUGCACAGCUGGACUCCCCUCAUGUUGCCUACACAGCUGGAGGCCCAAGAACUGUGCCCAAGGACACGGGAAUCUGCACUCCCCACACACUGCCCAAGCACCCCAGAGUGCACCCAAGGAGCCCUCGUGUUGCAGGAGACCAUUCUCAGCUGACACCACAGGACCCAAACUGCCUUGCACACUGCUGAAGCACCCCAAGAACAACCUCCAUAUUACCUCAGCAGCCAGAGCCUGCCCAAGACCUCCCUCCAAGCAAUUGCUGGCACUCUGGGACCCUGCAUCUCCACCCGGGGUGGUCACAGCACCAGGCUGAAACCCUCACUCCAAGCUCCCCACCAUAUCCAUCUGUGCAGGCAGCACCAGGCAGGAGCCACAUCAUGGCAUGGACUGUGCAUCCCUUGGACUUCUUGCCCAGGCAGUGCUUCAGGGUGGCAGAGUUGUGUUUUGUUAGUUAUUUCUUAAUAAUAAAUCAUAUUUUUUUCUGGUGA